AUGUUGAUAGGUGCAAGGAGUGUGCUAGGAACCUCUCAUCAUUUAGCCAGGUUAACACAAUCAAGGAACAAAUCCGAUGUCAAAGGAGCUGUCAUUGGUAUUGAUCUGGGUACCACCAACUCCUGUGUGGCCCUCAUGGAAGGAAAGACUCCUAAAGUUAUUGAAAAUUCUGAAGGCUCCAGAACAACACCAUCUGUUGUUGCUUUCACACCAGAUGGUGAGAGAUUGGUGGGAAUGCCUGCCAAGAGGCAGGCUGUCACAAACUCAGCUAAUACUUUUUCAGCCACUAAGAGACUCAUUGGUAGGAGGUUUGAAGAUGAAGAAGUAAAAAAAGAUAUGAAAACCUGCUCCUACAAAAUUGUGCGUGCCUCCAAUGGUGAUGCUUGGGUGGAAGCACACGGAAAGCUAUACUCUCCUAGUCAGAUAGGUGCCUUUGUAUUGAUAAAAAUGAAGGAAACAGCAGAGAGUUAUCUUGGUCAUCCAGUUAAGAAUGCAGUUGUCACUGUCCCAGCAUACUUCAAUGAUUCACAGAGACAGGCAAGUAAUUUUGUUUCUCAGUUAUUGGAGUGGCAUGGAACUUGGCCUUCAGCCACAAAAGAUGCUGGUCAAAUUUCGGGUCUGAAUGUCCUAAGAGUGAUCAAUGAACCCACAGCUGCUGCAUUAGCAUAUGGCAUGGACAAAUCUGAAGACAAAAUCAUUGCUGUGUAUGACCUUGGUGGUGGAACAUUCGACAUAUCCGUCUUAGAGAUCCAGAAGGGUGUUUUUGAGGUGAAAUCCACCAAUGGGGAUACGUUCCUUGGUGGUGAAGAUUUUGAUAAUACCUUGGUGGAGUACCUUGUCAGUGAAUUCAAGAGAGAACAAGGCAUAGAUGUGAGGAAAGAUGUGAUGGCUCUCCAGCGAGUGAAAGAGGCAGCUGAAAAGGCCAAGAUUGAAUUGUCUUCUUCAAUGAUGACAGACAUUAAUCUUCCAUACCUGACAAUGGACCAGUCUGGUCCAAAGCACAUGAAUUUGAAGAUGAGUCGAGCCAAAUUGGAAUCUCUUGUGGAAUCCCUGAUCAAAAGGACAGUUGACCCUUGUCUGAAAGCUAUCCAGGAUGCAGAAGUCAAUAAGUCAGAAAUUGGAGAUGUUAUCCUGGUUGGAGGCAUGACAAGAAUGCCCAAGGUUCAACAAACAGUGCAGGAGAUUUUUGGACGUACUCCAAGCAAAUCUGUGAAUCCAGAUGAAGCGGUGGCCAUGGGAGCUGCUAUACAGGGUGGUGUUCUUGCUGGAGAUGUAACAGAUGUCCUCUUACUCGAUGUCACUCCUCUGUCUCUUGGCAUUGAAACCCUGGGAGGGGUGUUCACCAAGCUGAUUGGUCGCAAUACCACCAUUCCCACAAAGAAGAGCCAGGUCUUCUCAACAGCUGCAGAUGGGCAGACCCAAGUGGAAAUCAAAGUCCUGCAAGGAGAACGAGAGAUGGCUGGAGACAACAAGCUCUUGGGCCAGUUCACCCUCGUUGGUAUCCCACCAGCUCCUCGGGGAGUCCCACAGAUUGAAGUGAUCUUUGACAUUGAUGCCAAUGGCAUUGUCCAUGUCUCUGCCCGGGAUAAGGGCACCGGAAAGGAGCAACAAAUUGUAAUCCAGAGCUCAGGUGGUUUGAGCAAGGAGGAGAUAGAGAACAUGGUGCGUAAGGCUGAGCAAUAUGCAGAACAAGACAAAGUACGUAAAGAGAGGGUUGAAGCUGUCAAUUCUGCUGAGGGCAUUAUCCAUGACACAGAGACUAAGAUGGAAGAGUUUAAGGAUCAACUUCCUCAAGAGGAGUGUGCCAAACUGAAGGAGCACAUUGCAAAGGUUCGAGAGGCCCUUGCAAAGAAGGAUGACAUGACUCCUGAGGAAAUAAAGAAAACUUCAAAUGAUCUCCAACAGGCUUCAUUGAAGCUCUUUGAAAUGGCCUACAAGAAGAUGGCAUCAGAACGAGAGGGGAGUGGUUCCAGUGGCUCAAGCGGCCAGCAGGACAGUAGUGGAGAACAGAAGCGAGAGGAGAAGAAUUAGAUGGGCGCAGCAUCCUUUUUAUUCCUACUCGCUGUACCAGUGCGGAUGGAAGGACGAUCGCGGGUGACGAUGGGGAACCCACGGUUGCUUCUGACUCCCUUGUGUUGGCACUUAGGCAUUGUGGCUCAUGGGUGCUGACUGUUGCCUCAAGUUCCAGCAAAAUACACCUUUUUCUGUCUGA